UUGAUCCUGUAACCACAAGGAAGUUCUGAACUGGUGUAGCAGUAGGUUCGAUGCGGAAAGCGACAACUAAAAAAACCAGUCCACAAGUUGAACAUUAUCUACAUCAGAAUGUCAAAAAGAGGGAGAACUGGAGUUGAGAAUGAAUCAUGCAAACUGAGGAAGAGACACAAUAAGCAGGCAGAAGAUGAAAACGAUCGAUUAGAAAGAAGUUACAAGAAUCUACGUUUUGCUCAGAGAGGUCUAUUUGAUAAGCGUAACAAAUAUGGCAAUUUUGUAACUAUCAAUCAAGGCACUAUUCAACCUUAUAAACUAGAUGAUAUUUUAUAUAUGUAUCGGCAAUUGUAUAAAAAGGCAACUGACAUGACAGAUAGAACUAGGGUUCUAAUAGCGUAUGAUCCUAAACUUUGGAAUCAAGUAUGUGACAAGAAGAAAUUAGAACUACGACCUGAUGGAAACUAUCUAUUAGAAAAUUCACAAAAAUUCAUUAACACAGGCGGGGAUAUAUUUUUUUACAUCAAAUCUGACAAAAAGUCAAAUGCUGACCAAAUACUCGAGCUACUGAAAACAGGAUUAGAAGAUGCAGGAAUCACAUGUAAAAAUUUAAGUAUCACAAAAUCAAACGAAUAUGGCAAUACAUUGAUAAUAAAUGGUUCUUUCAGAGAAGGGUUAGCCAAUUUGUCUGACCGUUGUUCUGUCGACCAACUUAUUUUGAUUGGGGAAAUGGAAAAUGGGGAAAUAGGGGGAACAUACAUGAUGACUCAGAAAUUUAAAACCCAUUGGGAAAUCUUAGGAUCAAAGCCUGAUUCAACAAAGGAAGAAAUGAUUGGUAGAAAGAUGUUUGGACUGGGCAUCAUUCCAUCACUCUCAGAAAGCAGCCAUAUCAAACGCGCUCAUACUUUAGACGAUUUUCCUCCUCCCUGUAACGUAUCUAAAGGUCUCCGUCGUAUCUAUCGACAGUCGAUGCCAUAUGGAAGUUGUCAAACUCAUCCCGGUAGAGAAGAAGGUGCUUUCUAUAUUUCCAUUGCCAAAUCGACGACGAUUUUCCAUGAUAUAUUAGAGAAUAUCAGUGGGUGCCCUGGAACCACCUUUGACGCUUUCCUAGAUGUAUUUUCCUCUUUAGAAGGAAGUUUUUGGUAUGUUCCUAGCUCUGAAGAGUUAGAUCUCCCAGUUGUUGACAAUAGAUAUUGUAGAGUUGAUUUAGAUGAACAGUGGAACGUUCCACGAAAGAACAAGUACCUUUUCUAUAACCACAAACAAUACUUGCAUGAAAUCGAUAAGGAUGAUAGUGACCCGGACCGAGUUUCAACCAGAGUGCUACGAUUACUACAGUAUACAUUUGAACAGUGGAAUAAUGUUUGGUACAGAAAAACAGUCGUUCCUGAUAUUCCCGACCUGUCAAAAAUGUUGAAAAAUUCAGAGAAACAUUUCCUAAAAGAAAGCGUUCCUUUACGAAAAGGAUUGGCCAUUAAGAAGUCGCUUGGUGAAUUAUUUACAACUGCAAACGUAAAGGCAAGCAUGAGCAAUCCCUCUGAAUUCUAUGGAUGGAAGUCUGAUCUUUUCAACAUACAUCCUGAUGAAAUUAUAGUAGGACGUAUGCCGAAAGACAGCACACUUGGCCUUGGGAAGAAAGUGAUGAAGUAUCUGAAUGACGAUGAGAGGAUGACGUUUUAUUUAUUGGGUCUUAGUGAGUCAUCUGCCGUUGGUCAUAUCAUUCCUGAUUACAGUAAAUUAUUGAAUUUAGGUGUCAAUGGACUGAUAGAAGACAUUAAAAACAAAUAUGCCAAAGACGAAGUUAAUGACUUCUAUAAAUCAUGUAUUUUUGCAUUGGAAGGCGUAAAGAUGUAUCUUGAAAAUUAUAGUCGUUUAGCUGCUUAUUUGUACACUCUUAGCAAAGAGUAUUCGAACAGCCAGAGACAAAACCUGGAAGCAAUCAAAGCUCGAAUGGAACAUCUUUCAAUAGGCAAGCCAGACAACUUUACUGAAGCAGUGCAGCUAAUAUUCUCUAUGCACUGCUGCCUUCAUUUGAUUGGACAACCCGUAGCAGUAGGAAGAUUAGACGAACUCCUGGCACCGUAUGUAAACCAAUCAGGUAAUAAAACAAUAUCGAAUCAGGAAAUAAUUGACUGUUUUUGGAUAAAAUUUGGUGAAAGAGUAAUAUUAGACCCUCAUCAAGCCACAGACGUUACCAGCUGGGGAAAUUGUGCAGUGCCAUACACGUCAGAUGGUAAUUUUCCUAGAGGCGAUUCUUUGAAUCAGUGGGUGCAACAAAUUACUGUUGGAGGUUAUCACAGCAACCCGAAGACUAUCCAAGCGAUGAAUGACGUCACAAUUCUUUGCCUGAAGGCUGCAAGGCGUCUUCCGUUAAACGCUCCUUGUUUGUCAUUGCGUCUUCACAAAGGAAUGAAUGAGGAAAUAUUACAAGAAACAGCAAAAUCAUUGCUGAGUGGCGGAGCACAUCCAAUACUUCUACAUGAUGACAGAAUAAUUCCCGCUUUAGAGUCAAGUCCUCAUCUUCAGAAAAUGCCAAUAAAAAAGGCUGACAUACAAAACUACGCUUGCGACGGUUGCUUUGAACCACUUUUGGUUGGAAAGUCUGAAUUUGCAUUCACCUACGUACCAUUGCCAUUGGUAUUAGAACUUACUAUCAAUCAAGGUAAUUCGUACGUUUCUGCAGGACCAGCCUUCCUGCAAGGGAAACCAAGUUCCUAUCGAUCUGUCUCAGCAUCAGACAUUAAAAGCUUUAAACACCUGCAAGAUAUAUUUGAAAGCCAUUUAAAAAUUCAAAUCGAAGGGUCUUUAUAUAAAUUGCUAGCAAAUUACGGCAAUAUAUGGAAAGCAUGCCCGGCACCAUUACUGUCGACGCUUAUAGAUGGCUGUCUUGAGACAGGCAGGGAUUUGUAUAAUGGAGGGGCAAAAUAUGUCGUCGCCGCAUGUAUGUUCAUUGGUUUCUCUAAUUGCAUCGACUCGCUCUACAGUAUAAAGAAAUUAUGCUUUGACAACACUUCUGCCUGUGUUUCUCUAGAAGAAAUUCUUUUAGCAUUGAAAAAUGACUGGGGGUUUGGCAUGGCAGAGCCAUUUGUAGAUGACAAUGCAGGAAUAAUGAGGUCCGCUGAAAAAAGUACUUACUAUCGAUCUCUUAGACAAAGGGUUCUCACAUUUCCAAAAUUUGGAACUGAUGCUGGUGCAGAAGACAAAAUAGUACAGGAACUAGCUGAAUGGUUGUCCAGUAUGGUCGUUUCGACAUUUAAAGACGUUGUGGAAAACUCAUCAGAAACAGAUGCAUUAUGCCAGCUGUUUACACGCUUGAAAAAAGAAUAUUCAACAACCAAAGCACCAUUUGAGUGUAUCCUCUGCCCUGGAAGCGGUACCUUUGAAGGUUAUGUUGGUUGGGGUAUGUCACUUGGAGCGUCUGCAGAUGGAAGGAGGAAAACAAUGCCAAUUGCAUCAGAUUUCAGUGCUGCUCCGGUAAUUCAAGAUGGCAAAUGUAAACCAUCUCAGAAUGACAUUUACAAGUCCAUGAAAAACUGGGAUCAUUGCGAUAUGAAAACCGGAUUUUCUAAUGGAGCAGAAGUUGAUCUGAAAAUACAUGAAAACUUUCCUGAAGAUGAACUGGUUAACUUUAUCAGAAGCUAUGCUAACGGAGAAGACGGGAUUGGCGCAAACCUUCUAACAAUAACAUGUGCUGAUGAAGACACUUAUCAACAAGCUUACAGAGAUUCUGAAAAGUACGAUUUGAUCAGAGUGAGAAUGGGAGGUUGGUCAGAACAUUUCGUGGCAAUGUUCAAAGCUCACAAGAAUCAACAUAUGAGGCGUGCAUACUAUAACCCACCUUCUCUCAAAACCGUUUCAGAAAGUGGAGCAAUCUGAACUAUUGGCCAUUCACCCAUGAAAGAAUUGUGGAUGUGCAUCACCAUUGAAUGAAGCUUUAAAAUCUACCGCUAUCAUUGAAAUAUGGACAACUUAAACUUACUUACUUUAUAUAUUACUUUACGACUGUAGAUAAUGCUAAGAUGUUCAUUGCUGUCUAAACAUUACUGCAUUCCUGUCCAUUGGACAAAAAUAAAGUAAAAAAGAUUAUUUCAUAUAUAUCAUAUAAAACUGAAACAUUUUAUCUGGUUGACCAUUACACGCGUAGGUUCCAACAAAGUGUGAAGGAACCUGUCAUUGUUAUUCUCGGACGCAUGAAGCUCAAAUAAGGAAUCAGUUACGACGUGGAUCGGUACUUAUACAUCCCGCCAUUGUGUUAUUGUGCUAUGGUCAAUUGUGAGUUCUUGUCUUUCAUUUUUGCUUAUUUACUUUGUCUACAUGCCAUUUUGUGUUUCUUUGUUGAAAUAGUUAUUUGUUUAUUUGGUGAUUAAGAUUAUAUUACAAUGUUGACUGCUGUACCCCAAUUUUUGACGUUUUUACCUAUUUUAGAUAUAAGAAAAUGUGGUAUGAGUGCCAAUGAGACAACUCUCCAUCCAAGUCACAAUUUGUAAAAGUAAACCAUUAAUAUUAUGUCUGUUUGUUUUGCUCACACAUUGUUGUCAAUAUAAUGAACUUCUAUGCGACUGUCAUACAAGUGAGAGGUUUAGCUAGCUAUAAAACCAGGUUUUAUUCACCAUUUUCUACAUAAGGAAAUGCCAUGAGUCAGGAAUAUGACAGUUAUUUUCCAUUCGUUAGAUGUGUUUGAGCUUUUGAUUUUGCCAUUUUAUAAAGGACUUUCCGUUUUGAAUUUCCCUUGGAGUUUGGUAUUUUUGUUAUUUUACUUUUUGCAAGUAACCAUGUUUAUACCCGUUUUGAUUAUAUAUUUAGAAAGUCAAACAUAUUGAAUGCAUUAAAAGUUUUCGGUUAAAUAUACCAAUAACCUAUUAUCAAAUAAAAUAUAUAAAUUCAUUGCUAUUAAAAUUUUUGGAUUGAUCGAUUGUUGCUUAAAUCACGUCCAUUUGCACAUAUUUAAUCCAUAUGAAGAAUAUUUUGAAUAUUAAGCGUUUAACUGGACUUUCUUUUUAGAUGCAAAGCUUUCGAAACCAGAGUACAAAAUGUAAAAAAAUCACAUGGAGCACGGAGUCUGUAGAGUGUCGAAACAAAAUACACCCGCUCGUGAUUUUUUAGCAUAUUCAACAAAGACUUUGACAAGGAAAUUGUAGUAUAUUCUAGCUUUAACAUUCCAAUAAUUACAUCUCAUGUAUGUUUCAUUAUAAUACGUUAUUUUGAUUGGCUAACAGCAAUCUCGCUGAUUCUGAAAUUAACCUUCAUUUCAAAAUGCAAUGUAACAUUCAUGACGAAACGAGCUUCCACAAUAAAGUGCACAGGAAAAUAAAAGAAAAGCUUGAUAAAAAUCGUGUUUUCAUGAUCCUAGCAAAAAAAUGUAAUUAUAAGUAUUGAAUGCUUCUUUUAGUAGUUUUAUAGGGUUGUAAAAGCGUUGACCGUGCAAACAUUUUUUGAAUGAAGCGCUUCGGUUAACGUUUUUAACCCAAAUAAAUUUACAAAAAGAAGCAUUCAAUUCUUAAGUAACAUAGCGUUUUCUCUCACAAAUCCUGACUCGCCGCUUCUGGAAAUAUAUUUUGAAUAGGACCAAUUUAUAUUGUUAUGUUUUUCAUGGGAGGUAAACUUAAUAAACAUAUUUGUGACCCGCAAUGACAUUUCCAGGCUUAUGGUGGUAAACGUCAUAAAAAGAAAACGUCGAUGUAAAAUGACGUAACGUACUCGGGGCACCUGUUAUUGAAUGUCUAAUUAUACCAUGCGGUAAAAUAAAGUUCAUUUUUUCUUGACUUGAGGAAAUUUGAAUGUUAUAUUAAGAUAUACAAAACAAGUUCAUUUUUUCGGAAAAAAUUAAUAAAGUAGGUUUAAAUCCCGUUUAAAAUCGUGUUUUAAAUUCGCACAAUUUAUCUUCCAGAUUUCAUUGCGUAAAUCAGUUUCUCCUGCAUAAAAUGUUUUCGGUUAUAGAAAAUGGUUUAAAUUAUAUCACCAUUGCGAGAUAUAAAGUACCGAAAAAUUAUAAACGAUGCGUAAAUUUAUUUUCUUUCCAGGAUCAGUUUCGAGCGGUAGGUUUUCGUCAAGGGGAAUCACACAUAUUUAUUUCACACUAUGAUAAGUCACUUAAAGAAAUGGUUUCACGAUGGCAAGUGAAUUAAGUGUAUCAUCAACUUCUAUGGCAACCGAAUAGUUAAUACAGAAAUAAAUAUUCGUUAGUUAUUUAGUUAUAAAAGCUACAAUUAAGACUAGACCCCGCCCCCCC